CCGGCCCGCCCCGCCGGCAGCGGGCGGAAGCGCCGCACGUGGGGGCGGCGGAGGGACAUGGACACGGACACGGAGCGGGAUGAGGAGAUGCCCGCGCUCUCCGACGGCGAGGAGCCCGGGGAAGAGGAGGAAGAGGAGGAGGAAGAAGGCGCUGCCGUGGGCCAGAGAACACGCUGCCUCUUCUGCGAUAGGUGGUUCAGUUCUGCUGAAGUUGUGUUCUCUCACUGCAAAACAGAGCAUGAGUUUAAUGUUAGUGAUGUGAUCCAGAAACAUGGACUUGAUUUUUAUGGAUACAUUAAACUAAUAAACUUCAUCAGAUUAAAGAAACCAACAGGAGCAUAUUUGAGUUCUCUCAGCAGCCCACUGCCUUGGAAAGGAGAGGAAUAUCUGAAACCAGAAAUAGAAGAUGAUCUCCUCCUUCAGUUUGAUAUAGAAGAUCUUUGUGAACCUGCAAACGUUGUGCCCUGUAAUGGUUUAAAUGAUACCACAGUGCUCCUUGAACAGUUAAAACACGCAGAACACAGAGCAGGAGCCGCAGAAGCAGCCUUGGCUAGAGCACAGGAGGAUCUUCAGAAAAUGAAACAAUUUGCCCAGGAUUUUGUGAUGAACACAGAUGUCAGGAGCAGCUCGUCAUCCAGCGCCAUUGCAGACCUUCAGGAGGAUGAGGAUGGUGUUUACUUCAGCUCCUAUGGGCAUUAUGCGAUACACGAAGAGAUGCUAAAGGAUAAAGUACGUACAGAAAGCUAUCGUGACUUCAUCUAUCAAAACCCACAUAUCUUCAAGGACAAGGUGGUUUUGGAUGUUGGCUGUGGAACUGGAAUACUCUCCAUGUUUGCUGCCAAAGCAGGCGCGAAGAAAGUGAUUGGAGUUGACCAAUCUGAAAUCAUCUAUCAGGCCAUGGACAUCAUUAGAUUAAAUAAACUUGAAAGUAUUAUUACAUUAGUCAAAGGAAGAAUCGAAGAAGUAGAUCUGCCUUUGGAAAAAGUGGAUGUAAUUAUAUCUGAAUGGAUGGGUUAUUUCCUUCUCUUUGAGUCAAUGCUGGAUUCUGUCAUCUAUGCAAAGGACAAGUACCUGACAGAGGGAGGCUCAGUUUAUCCUGACAUUUGCACCAUUAGUCUGGUAGCUGUUGGGGAUAUGAAGAAACAUGUGGACAAGCUACUUUUCUGGGAAGAUGUAUAUGGCUUCGACAUGUCUUGUAUGAAGAAAGCUGUAAUUCCAGAAGCUGUUGUUGAGGUGCUGGAUCCAAAUACACUGAUAUCUUCAGCCAGUGUCAUUAAGCAUAUCGACUGUAAUACUGCAUCCUCUCCAGACUUGGAAUUCUCUUCAGAUUUCACCCUGAGCAUUACAAUGAGCACAAAGUGCACGGCAGUUGCUGGUUACUUUGAUAUAUUUUUUGAGAAGAACUGUCACAACAAGGUCUCGUUUUCAACUGGUCCCCAGUGUACCAAAACACACUGGAAACAGACAGUUUUUCUCCUGGAGAAACCAAUUCCUGUAGAAGCAGGAGAGGCCCUGAGAGGGAAGAUCGCAGUCCGCAAAAACAGAAAGGAUCCACGGUCCCUCCUCAUAACCCUGUCAGUGAAAGACAUGCAGCAGACCUACAGCCUCCAGUGAAAAACCUAGGCACAUUACUUUGGGAGGUGUUAAAGUCAAAUAACUGAUUUUAAAUAUCCCAAAAUGGCAAACUCUUGGAUUUGCGUGCAUGUAUGCACACACAGGAAUACGAAAAAUUUGCCUGGAAUUGAGAGAGCACUGUUUGGAUGCUUUUGCUCUGGGACGUGGAGGCUGACAAGAAAAUGGGAUUCUGCUGCUUCCCUUAUGUGAGGAAGGCAAGAAAGAUGGGUUUGGGUUACAUGAGACUACUGGGUGAGAAAAAUGAGUGUGAAGUCUUGCUGUGAGGAACAGUAAAUAUGAUCUCUAAAUAUUGUUUUAUUCUUCCACUGGCAAAAUCUUUGCAUAAUGUUUUUUUAUGAAAGAAGAAGCUAAAUCAUGUGCACCUCAACAGUAUCUGGAAAAUCCUAAUGGGACUAAUUUUGGGAUUCCAAAGACCAUAUUUUUAAUACACUUCUGUAAUUAAAAAGUUGUACACAGUUACAUUUAUCUAAAUAAAUGAACCCAGUAUGAUGUAGAA